ACACACACACACACACACACACACACACACACACACACACACACACACACACACACACACACACACACAGGGUUCAUUAUGAGGGAAGAUGGCGGCGGCGCGCGCUGGAUCGAUGUGUCAGCGGUGGAAGCGCUUUGAUCUUCAGCAGCUGCAGAAAGACCUGGACGUCGCCGCCAAUUCUCUCACCAACACACAGCAUGAGAACGAACAAACACGGAAAAAACUCAUCGACCAGAGCGACGAACUCAAGAAACACACACCAGAGGAUUUACACGAACACAUCACUCCAUUGUUUAACAGUUUCCAGUCUGAGAUCGAUGCUCUGUGUGAAAGGAGUAAAGAGUCAGAGGCUGCUUUUCACAGCGUGUAUAAGAGAUUAAUCAAUGUCCCAGACCCCGUGUCUGCAUUAGAGGCGGUGCAGCAGCUGCAGGUUGCAGUUAUUAAGAUGCGUGACGUGGAGGCAGAGAACCAGAAGCUGAGCGAGAGACUACAGGAGUAUGACAGAGAGGUCGCAGAGGUCAAAGGUCAAGAAGAAACGAUUAAAGCUUUGAGGGAGAAACUGGAGUCUUACGAACAUUUGAUUCAAUGUGGAGUGAAAGAUGAUGAUGAUGAAGAUGAUGAUGAUCACUGUGCAGGAACUGAAAGUUCUGGGGAAAAUGGAGCCAUAAAGUCUGUUCACAGGCGCAGGGCUCUAUCUGAUGGCAGACCCUGUGAGAAUGAAGCAGUGAUGAUAGUGGAUGUAGAAACAGCCAAUCAGGUUCUGGAGGCGGAGCUUGGGGUGAAGCAGAGAGAGGUGGAGCGUCUGAUGGAGGACGUACAGAAACUCCAGAGCAGCCUGACUGAACUCACAGACUCAACAACCAAUCACAUUAGAGAAUUACAGCAGCAGCUUGACUCCAAACACGCACUGCUACAGGAGCUCGAGGAGAAACUGGAGGCUCAGGCAGAUUAUGAGGAGAUAAAAAGGGAACUGCGAGUUCUGAGAGCCGUCGAGCUCGGAUCCUCUGAGCGUCCUGCAGAACAGAGUUCCCCGAGUCGGAUGGACGCACCACUUUCUAGGCAGGAGGACGAAGAGAAAGACAGAGACGAUGUCCAGAAACAACCUGUUAAAGACCUCAGUGGUUCCGCAGAAAGCCGUCCUCCUUUCUCACCCCCUACCACACCUCCACCACCUGACCACGCCCACUCACAGACUCCACCCCUUCCUCGAGUCCUCCUGAAGACCAAAGCUCCACCUGAGCCAUCCUGCUCGUUCUCUACUGAUUUGUUCAGGCCCGGCUUCAGCGCCGCUUUUCCUCGACUCUCUGGAAAGUCCUCUCCCUCGUUUGUCCAGCGGACAUUUGGUCAGAACCCGUACGGCUGUGAGCUGGAGGACGAACUGGACACGUCUGAAAUCGCUCGGCAGGUGAAGGAGCAGCUGAUGAAGCACAACAUUGGGCAGCGUGUGUUUGGACACUAUGUGCUCGGCUUGUCUCAGGGGUCCGUUAGCGAGAUCCUCGCUCGCCCCAAACCCUGGAACAAACUCACAGUGCGUGGGAAAGAACCCUUCCACAAGAUGAGGCACUUCCUGUCUGACGAGCAGAACAUCCUGACACUGAGGAGCAUUCAGGGACGACAGAGAGGUGACGAGCCGGAAUACGUUAGCCUUAACUUACACUUAGUGUUCACAUGGACAUGUCACUUCCUGUUAGGCUUAUUAAUAUACUGUGUAUUCAGGAAGGAGCAAGGCACUGUUUUAAACACCGAUGUCUAUUCUUUUGGUCUUGCGGUCGAAGGCGUCCGCUCGGACGACAAACGUCCCUCCGUCCUGGAUGUCCAGCCGGUGGCGUCCGUUCCCACGAUGACCUCUGACCUUUCCAGUUUGAGCUCCGAAUUUCUGAGUUCUUCCAUUUCUGUGCUGCCGUACUCACCUGUGGAGCUCAGCGCUGUGACAAACACGUCGUCCUCUCCUGUGAUGGACUCGUGGAGAGAGCAGUGGUGGAGCACGAUACACUGUGAACAACACAAAGACACACACACUCAGGAAGACCCAGAGCACAGCAACGUGGGGUCUGAGAUUCCUGUGUCUUCUCAGGAUUACUGUAAGGAACAUUCGAGCACAGAGUCUCCACAAAAUCUGCAGACGUCCAACACAAAUGAGACGCCUGACUGCAGCUCGGUGCUGCCUUCCUCUUCCUCUCCUUCGUCCUCGCUGCAAAUGAAGCAAGUGAAGAACACGAUGAUGCCGUUAACGUCGGAGCAGUACGAAAGGUUCAUGUAUCUGGAGGUGGAUACGAUGGAGCUCACGCAGCAGGUCAAAGAGAAACUGGCCAAGAGCGGCAUCUGUCAAAGAGUGUUUGGGGAAAAGGUUCUGGGCCUCUCUCAGGGCAGUGUGAGUGACAUGCUCUCUCGGCCGAAGAAGUGGACUAAACUGACACAGAAAGGCAGAGAGCCGUUUAUACGCAUGCAGCUGUGGAUUGAAGGAGAACUGCAGGACCCCAUGAGGGAGACCUCAGUAAGUGAAGUCUCCCAGUCUCCUGAAAGCUCGCCUGAGGAGCUCGUUAAGGACCAGCAGGAAGAGGCGGAGCCUGAGUCACAUGACAUUGCAGCCGGAAUGCAGGAAGUGGUGUCCAUGCAGCCGGAACUCGACACCUACUCCAUCAGCCAGAGGGUCAGACAAGUGCUGAGUGAUAAUAACCUCGGUCAGCGUCUGUUCGGUGAGGCUGUUUUGGGUCUGACUCAGGGUUCUGUGUCUGAUCUUUUAACUCGCCCCAAACCGUGGCACAGACUGAGUGUGAAAGGCCGAGAGCCAUUUGUGCGAAUGCAGCGAUGGCUGAACGACGCCAACAAUAUCCACAAACUGAGAGAAAUCAAACACACUGACAGAAAAGUAUAUCUGAAGAGGCGUGUGAGCUCGGUGUGUGAGGACUCUGUGCUGGACAGUGGUGUGUGUGUUGAGGCCGGACAGGAGUUUGUUCCUCAGCUGAAGAAGUCUCGGGUCCUCCUCAGUGCACAGGAGAAAGAGGCUCUGAGGAAAGCGUAUGAGGAGAAACCAUAUCCAUCACCAGGAACCGUCGAGGAACUCGCACAGCAGCUCGGGCUAAAAGCCAGCACUGUCACCAACUGGUUCCACAACUACAGGUCUCGUAUCCGUCGUGGAGUCUUCAUGGAAGCGGCUGCGGUGAAAUCGGACGGCGUCUCCGAGGCACAGACGAGUGAAGUGCAGGAGGAGCAGCAGGACUCCACCUUAAACUUCCCAGAAUCGUCUGCGUCACCUCGAGUCCUGAGAGACAGCAACCUGCGCAGACGCAAAGUCGCCAACCUGAACAGCAUCAUCCACCGUCUGGAGCAAGCGGCGAGUCGGGACGAGACCCAGGAUGGAGACGUGAGUGAGGAGAGCGUGAACGCUUCCUCGUCAGGGUAACUGGAGGCGGAGUCUCGGGCAGAGCUCUGCCUAUUAGGCCACGCCCAGCAGGGGCAGUCUAAAGAUCAGUGUAAUCAGCUGUAACAGGAGCUUCGUUUAUCUCAGAUUUAUCUCGUUUAUAUCUUUAUUUAAAAUCUACUGGAGGUUCAGCUAACAUUAUUUUUGAAUAUUUGAUUGACAUUAAGCAUCAACACUGUGUUCAGAACAGCAGUGUGUUAAUGUGGACGUGAAUCAGGGAGGAAUAAAGGAGGAAAACUGAUAACAGAUGAAAAAGACAAACAGUACAUUCAGUUUACCAGCAGGAGGAGAAGACAAAGAGCUCUUCUUCUUCUCCUUCUUCUUCUUCUUCUUCUUCUUCUUCUUCUUCUUCUUGGGCAAAAAAUAAACCCCAUUCAAAACCAUUCAGCAAUAAAGGCAGCAACUGUUACUACAAUUUUUUUUAAGAGUGUGUGUGUGUGUGUGUGUGUGUGUGUGUGUGUGUGUGUGUGUGUGUGUGUACAGGGAAUAAAAAAGAAGCACUUGAGGAAGCAGGUCUCUGCUCUCAGCUCUAUGCAACUCUUGCCAUCUUCAUCUAAAUAUCUUUUUGUAGGUGUUCAUUAUUAUCUCUACAAACACCCCAGUGCAUCAUGGGUACUCUGUAGCACACCCCUUAUUAUGUCUGUACGAGCCACAUGAACCCCAUCACCAGCCCUGAUCCCGAGAGGAAAGUUCUUCUAGGAACAAUUUACUGUAAAACAACAAGCAGCACUUCAGACCUCAUGUCCUUUAACAUCACUUCAGUUACAAACUGCACUUUAUGACGGGUUUCUAACGUCUGUACACGGCGUGAAGGGGAAACACUCGCAUGCUUUAAACCUUUCGAGGUCUCUUACACCUAAUAUACAGUUUGUUAGAUAUUGUCUUUGUGAAACAGUCGAGGUUGUGUGACUCCUCAUUAGCGCUCCAACACCAAACACUCACUGUGGAGGCUGAAGGAUGUGAAAGGAUGAGAGAGAGAUAUCCAGUCUGUGUGUGUGUGUGUGUGUGUGUGUGUGUGUGUGUGUGUGUGUGUGUGUGUGUGUGUGUGUGUGUGUGUGUGUGUGUGAGGUUUUCCUUCUCCUUGUUAUACUUGUAAUAAUAAUUAGAAUAAUAGUAGCAGACUUUUAUCAGUUGCUGUAAUUUAUACAGGUAUUUUAUAAAGAUUAAAUUCUUAUGGACUUGUUUUUUAUCUCUGUAUCUGAAGGAGUGAUAAAUGUUCAGCUUCCAUGUUGUCAGACGAACAAAUUCAGUGGAACGUGCUUCUAAUGGAGAAUCGACGUUAUUCUUCUGUUAUAGAGUUUAAUGAACAUGUAACUGUGCACUACUCAUACAGGCUUUAUAAUGCAUCAUAACACAUUUACAUGAUGACAUGUAAAGCACUUUCAUCUUUAUGGCAUUUUAAUCUAAUGAACAGAUCGUUUCUCAGUCACUUCACGCUGCGGAGUUUAGUCACUGACUCGGACUUUACACACACGGACGGAACGCGGUGUAAAGGAACUGUAAUAAAACAUUAAUAAUAACAUUAAUAACAGGUUUAGAUUCCACAGUUAACACCGUCCUCUUUUUCUUUUUCUUCCUUUCCAUUUGAAUUAAAAUGAAUAUUGUUUUAUUUGUGUACUUUAAUCGAGUCAUUAAUUUAAAGCUUUCAUUGUAUAAACUAUAACACGGUGAUAACGGAUCUGCUAGGAAGCUCAUUUACAGAUCCGUUACACAUCAUUUACAUCUUAUUUGCAUAUUUGCAUAUUAUGUGCAUGUCUGAGUAUGUGGGAGGAGUCAGAAAUGAUGUCAGCAUCAGAUUCAAAUCUCAGGUUAAAGCUCCAUUCGAAACCUUUCUGCUGUUUUAUUUUUAUUAAUGUUUUCAUUUUAAAGCUAAUGUGUAAAGAACUUUGUUUUAAUGUCAACAUGUAGCUCAUUUUAUUUAUAUUCUCUGUAUUUACAGCAUUAUUCUGUCUUCCAGUCUUAAACCCUCAUGUUUCAUCCUCAAGGUUUAUUACAUUCAGUUUAUUUGUCAGGAACAAAAGUGUGAUCAUGGAAGUGAAUAUGGUUUGUAUUUACCUGUGUGUGUGUGUGUGUGUGUGUGUGUGUGUGUGUGUGUGUGUGUGUGUGUGUGUGUGUGUGUGUGUGUGGUGUGUGUGUGUGAGAGGGUGUGUGUGUGUGUGUGUGUGUGUGUGUGUGUGUGUGUGUGUGUGUGUGUGGUGUGUGUGUGUGAGAGGGUGUGUGUACUAUUUUAUACUUGUCAUUUAUUUUAUUUAUUCCAAUAAUUUACACCAAUUUACUGACUAAUUUGAAUUUUUAUAUGGAAAGUGAUAGAAAAAUAAAAAUUAAUGUUGUCAUUUU